AUGUCUCAUUCUGAUUCUUCUGAUUCUUCACAAAGUAAAAGUGAAAAUGUGAAAACUGCUUAUGUCGAUCAAUGCUACGGUGAUAAACGCCGUAAAAUGGACAACAAAUCAGAUCGGCUAAGCGCCUUACCAGACCAUCUCCUCCUUCACAUCCUCUCAUCUUUCGAGAUGAAAGAUGUUAUACGAACUGGAGUUUUGUCUAAAAGGUGGCGCCUUUUGUGGACUUCCGCACAUAACUUAUCUUUCACCCACUCUCCUGAAUCAAAUCGCGAUGUAACUGAAUUUAUAAAAUCCAUUGAUGAUACACUGAUUCUCUCCAAGCCUAGUAAAUUGAAUAAAUUUUCGGUUGAGUUUUUUUACAUCGACGACCAAUUUGUUGACCAUGUUAACAGAUGGAUGACUUUUGUGACAAUUAAGUCUGUUGAGGUACUGGAUUUGAAUUUGAUGGGGGGUUUCGACGAGGGUUAUAGCUUACCACAGCUUAUGUAUUCCAAUGUGUGUUUACGUAAACUGAAGUUGUCCAAUUGUAAUCUUGUACCAAAGGAGGGGAUUAAUUGGCCCGCGCUUAGGGUUUUAUCUAUGUGGUACGCUAAAUUGAGCUUGGAAGUUGUUGAUUCCAUUUGUUCUGGAUGUACUGGUUUGGAAUCUCUCAAGUUUCAUAUGUGUUUUGGGGUUCCUGGUUUUCAUAUUAAUUCGAAAAGCGUGAAGAAGUUGGUUAUCGGGGGAUACUGGCAUCAAGAAGAUGAAGAUAGUGAAGAUGAUGAUGAUGAGUAUAAAGAGCUGACGAUAUGGGCUAGGAAUGUUACUUCCCUCGAGAUUAAUGGAUGUUUUCAUAAGAAAAUACUUGUUCUUCAGAAUGUACAAUCUCUAGUCGAUGCUAAGUUAUAUUACUUGGAGUUUCGGACUAACCAGAAGAUGUUAAGUGAUCUCCUUGCAUCAUUAGGUCAUGUUGAGAAACUCUCCAUUGGGCAACGGUGCCUAGAGGUUCUUACUAUAUUAGAGAGUAGCAACUGGCGAUGCCCGUGGAUGAAAUGCAAAUACUUGAACUUGAGCACUCGUUUGGAUGCAUUGGAGCGUCCUGGCUUAGCAAUCCUUCUGCAAAGUUGUCCUCAGGUCGAGACUUUGAUCAUAAGCAGUGAAUCCACUUUCGGACCGAAUGACUUUGGGUUUAAUGAGGAUCCUAAUGACCUUACUGAAGAAAAUUACUGGAUAUCAAGACCUUGUUGGGGGCGGCGUCUCAAGACUUUAAGGAUUUAUGGGACCUGGAUAUAUGAGAGUUGUUAUUUUGACCAGAUCAUGCCAUUUCUGGAAGCUGUUCUGAAGAAUGGGAUAGUGCUUGAGAAAAUCAUCCUUACUCCCUUCAAGUAUGGAAUAUCGAUUUACCCCAUGCAGCAUGCUAGAGUUACACAGAAGUUGCUAAGCUUUCCCAGGUCUUCUGACGAUGCUGUUAUUGUCUUCUCUGCUUCCUACUAG